AGUAGCCAGCUGAGCUGAGUAGGAAGCGGCAGCAUGGAGAGCAGCGGGUGCUGCUAGUGUUCAGCCAUGCUUCAGUAAACUCGGCGCUGCUGUGGAAUUAUUAAUAUUAAUAAUAAUAUUUUUAUUAUAAUCAUUAGUUCUGUAUGUGAGCUCGGCUCCGCGGCAGGAUGAGCUGGGGGGUGUGCAGCAGGGCGCUGGUCUGGUGCAUUUUCACCGCGAUCUUCACCAACCUGCUGCUAACGGACCGUUGCAGUGCCAGCACCGUCUCCCUCCCCGAGAACCUGCUCUUCGUCUCCACUCUGGACGGAAACCUCCACGCCGUUCACAAACUCUCCGGCCUGAUAAAGUGGACGCUGAAGGAAGAUCCUGUUCUACAAGUUCCUACACACGUGGCCGAGCCUGCAUUUCUUCCAGACCCUAAUGAUGGCAGUCUGUACUCUCUGGGAGGAAAGAACAAUGAGGGACUAACGAAACUCCCCUUCACCAUCCCUGAGCUGGUCCAGGCUUCACCCUGUCGCAGUUCUGAUGGCAUCCUUUAUAUGGGUAAGAAGCAGGAUGUGUGGUAUGUGGUAGAUCUGCUGACAGGAGAGAAGCAGCAGACUCUCACCUCCUCGUUUGCUGAGAUGUUGUGUCCGUCCUCGUCUCUGCUCUAUCUGGGACGCACCGAGUACACCAUCACCAUGUACGACACCAAGAGCCGAGAACUGAGGUGGAACGCCACUUAUUCCGACUAUGCCUCCACACUGCCGGACGAUGACACCAAAUACAAAAUGGCUCAUUUUGUGUCGAAUGGCGACGGGCUGGUGGUGACGGUGGACAGCGAGUCGGGUGAUGUGAAGUGGGUGCAGAACUAUAACUCUCCAGUGGUGGCCAUGUACAUCUGGCAGCGUGAGGGACUGCGUAAGGUGCCGCACACCAACGUAGCGGUGGAAACCCUGCGCUACCUCAUUUACACAGCCGGAGAAAUGGGCCGGAUCACGCAGUGGAAGUACCCUUUCCCCCGAGAGAAGAAACCAGACGACAAGCUUAUGUCUACUCUGUACGUGGGCAAGUAUUCCACCAGCCUGUACGCCUCUCUCUCUCUGGUGCACGAUGGAGUUACUGUAGUGCCUCGCGGGAGCAGCUUCCCCAUGCUGGAGGGCCCCAGCAGUCAGCAGGCGAGUGUGGAGGAGGACCAGGAGUGUGUGAUCACUCCCAGCACCAGCGUGAAGUUCAACGCUGCCCUGAAGGAGCGCAGUCGCAUCAACUACAUGAGGAACUACCUGCUGCUUAUCGGUCAUCAUGAGACUCCUCCUGAGGCUCAUAUGAAGAUUCUGGAAAAGUUUCCAGAAAGCAUUCCUCGCCAACACAGCAACGUCAUCCCCCCCACCACAGAGAAAACCAUGGAAGAGAAGGUGAAUGACAGUGGGAUGGAGGACAGCACGGCCCUGCCCCCUCCUAUCCGCUCUCUGCAGGAGAAGCCCGGGCGCCUGCCCCGCACCGAGGCCCCCGUGGACAGCAUGCUGAAGGACAUGGCCACCAUCAUCUUCUGCACCUUUCUUCUGGCCGGCUGGGUGGCCUUUAUCAUCACCUACCCGAAGAGCAUGCAGAAGCAGCAGCAGCUGCAGCACCAGCAGUUCCAGCGGCAAAUGGAGGAAAAGCUGGAGCUCCUGCAGAAGCAGCAGAUGCUCUUCCAGCCGCCCGGCGACCUGCUGCCCGACGCAGACUUCCUGGAGGUGGCUCGAACCCGCACGGAGAGCUCCAACCACAGCACCCCCAACGGCACACCGCGGGCCUCCAACCACUCCAACCUCUCCAUCUCUGAACUGGGGAGCUCUGCCACCGAGCACGAGGAUGGAGAGGACGACUCCAGCGUUGUUCGGGUCGGAAACAUCACUUUCAAACCAAAGAACGUUUUGGGACACGGUGCUGAAGGGACUAUUGUGUACAGGGGUCAGUUCGAUAACAGACCAGUGGCGGUGAAGAGAAUCCUCCCAGAAUGCUUCAGUUUUGCUGAUAGGGAGGUGCAGCUCUUGCGUGAGUCAGACGAGCAUCCCAACGUCAUCCGCUACUUCUGUACCGAGCGGGACCGGCAGUUCCAGUACAUCGCCAUCGAGCUGUGCAAUGCUACGCUGCAGGAGUAUGUGGAGCAGAAGGAUUUUAAUCGGCAUGGUCUGGAGCCAGUGACUCUUCUGCAGCAAACCAUGUCUGGACUAGCACAUCUCCAUUCUCUCAAUAUAGUUCACAGAGACCUGAAGCCGCACAACAUCCUGGUGUCCAUGCCGAAUGCUCACGGGCGCGUGCGGGCCAUGAUCUCGGACUUCGGGCUGUGUAAGAAGCUGGCGGUGGGCAGACACAGCUUCAGCAGGAGGUCUGGAGUUCCAGGUACUGAGGGCUGGAUCGCUCCUGAAGUUCUCAGUGAGGAUGUGAAGCACAACCCGACCUGCAAAGUGGACAUCUUCUCUGCUGGCUGUGUCUUUUACUACGUGGUGUCUCAGGGAAGUCACCCGUUCGGAAAGUCUCUCCAGCGUCAGGCCAACAUCCUCACAGGAUCCUAUUCUUUAGCCCUGCUGCAGCCAGACAAGCACGAAGACGUCGUAGCCGUGAACCUGAUAGAGCAGAUGCUGAGUGUGGAAUCAGAGAAAAGACCAUCAGCUGAAAGAGUUCUCAAACACCCGUUCUUCUGGACACUGGAGAAAGAGCUGCAGUUCUUCCAGGACGUGAGCGACAGAAUAGAGAAGGAGCCGUUGGAUGGGCCGAUUGUGAGGCAGCUGGAGAGAGGAGGACGGGCUGUGGUUAAAGGAGACUGGAGGGAACAUAUCACAGUGCCUCUACAGACAGAUCUACGCAAAUUUCGCUCCUACAAAGGAGGGUCUGUUCGAGAUCUGCUGCGUGCCAUGAGAAACAAGAAGCACCAUUACAGGGAAUUACCGCAGGAAGUCCAGGAGACAUUGGGCUCCAUCCCGGACGACUUCGUCUCCUACUUCACCUCCCGCUUCCCUCACCUGCUGCUGCACACACACCUGGCCAUGCGCCUGUGCGCCCAGGAGCGCCUGUUCCUGCCCUACUACCACAGCUCUGAACUGAUCUGCAGGACUGUUCACUCACAGCCUGAGCCCAAACCUCCUGAGAUACAGGAACCAUCUCCAUCCACACAGCCGGCGAAUCCGAAUCCAGCAAACCUGGACUGCCCUUUAAUAUCGGAUCAAAAUGAACCGUCCAGAUCUGCUGCAGAGUCUUCUACAGAGCUACCUGCACAGCUACCUGCACAGCUACCUGCACAGCUUCCUGCUCCACCUGUGGAACCCAGACAGGAGGACGUCGCUCUGUAAUCCGUCUCGACUGCAGAAACAUCUCUGAGACACAUUCACAUUCCAGCGUUUGGCCUCCAUGAGGUGGCGUGGUCCGAGCCUGCAGUGCUCGGCCGUGUCUCCACAGGAGCCACCGCCCCUCGUCCCUUCCUAAGUGCCUUAUUUCUUAUUAUUUCUUAAUAUUUUUAACUAUUUUAGACACAAAAGCUCUUUUCAGAGCUGCCUGGUGAUUCCUGGUGAAGCUGGGCUGUGGAGGAUGCCUGAAUUCGAAUCACUAUUUUGAAUCGAAUUAAUAUUAUUAAUAUUAUUAUUUUUUAGUUUUUUGUUAUUCUUUUCGCCCUUAUUUUAUACAAAGGACAUUUUUUAAAAAAGUAUCGUAAAGGCUGAGUACUGUGAUGCUCACGUGUGUCUGUGUAAAGCAAGCAAAGCAAGGACUAAUUUUGUUAUAAAAAGACUUGAAGUGGUCGAGAGUAAUUCUACUGUGCAAUGUCUCCGUGCGUGAUGCGUGAUAUUUGAUACGUGAUACUCGGUGGAAACAGCUCACCGUCGAGUAUAUAUGUAUAUAUAUAUUUUUUAACGUGUUUUGAUGGGUGAUAAUCAGUCCGUGUGGCCGCCGUGCCUUUUUAAAUCUCACUGUGCUCUGUGUGGCUUGGCUGUGAGGUCAGGUUGUGAGGUUAUCGUUAGCCUGUCGCUAUGCUGCUGUUGGCUCUUGGCUGCUGUUGAAUCCAAUGGGAGUUUUUUUUUUUUUUUUUUUUUUAAUGUCGUGGGAAAUUUCAAGCAAAUCAAGUUUAUCGGUUUUUUUUAGCUCAUUUAAAGUUGAUAUUUCUGAUGAAUGAAUGAAUGAAUGUGUGUGUUUAAUUUAAAGGCAGAUUCUAUUCAGAGACUCUUUUAAAGAUAAACUGAUAAAACUCCUGCAUCUGAACUGCAAUUGAAAAAACAGGAGGACCAGUGAGGGUUUUUUUUAGGUUUUCUCGGUCACAUGACAUUGCGUUCAGUAGCUCCUCCAUUUCCACUCACUGUUGUGUUUACAGUACGUGGAUCUCCAUGGAAACGGAGCGCGCCCAAAGUGUAAUUACGGUGCGUGGCAGUGGACAAAUAUCUAUUUUAUUAAACGCGAGGAAACGAAACUUAGAGAUGUGCGUCCGGACGGGAUUAAAAUUACAGGAGGAGCACGGAAAGAGUUCAGAGAAAAACAGUAGAGAAUUCAGCCUGUAAUUUUUUAUCUCAGAGGACAUCUGAGAAAACACGUACAUGGUCGUUCUGGACAGGAAUAAAAUCACCGGAUAGAUCUUAAGUCGUGCCUAUGCCGUAGCCCAUGCUGUAGCCUUAUGCCGGGUUAACAAUACACGAUUUAAACCCAGUUUUUUAGUCGCCAAUAGUUUGUUGUUUAUUACCGACAAAAACCUCUACUCUGAGGGAAAUCGGGAAGUCGCAAAGUGAUCACCUGGCCAAUAUCUUGCAUGCUAAACAUCUGAUCCAGUCUGAGACUGUGAAUCAGUGAGAUUAUGGAGAAAGAUAAAGAGAAAACCACAUGUCCAACCCGAUUCAGAAUCUUUUGCAUGACCAGAGCCAUUUAUGAAAAGUCUGACCACUUUCUGUUAAACUCUAGAGGGCGCUCUCGAGUGAGUCUUCUAUGAAUGGGGUAAAAUGAAGCUAAAAACUCUUGACUUUACUCAGUUGCUCCAUAUGAACCCAUUCAGUUUAGACUCACUUUAAGUGCGUAUUCUCCUCUAUAGAGAUUCUCUAGCAUGGACAUCGCUAGUUCUAGUGUGCGUUUAGUUCUGCCUUGUUUUUCUCGUGAUAAAUGUGUUUUAGAGAGCAGCCAGGUGAGUUGUCGAUAUCCCACAGCGAGAUAUGCCAUAAACAACCAAGAACUGCUCAACUAAGUAAAGAAAAUAAAGCAAUGACUUUAAGAAAUGAAGAUCAGUCAGUCUGAAAGUCGAUUUUAAGAACUUUGAAAAGUAUCCUCAAGUGCAGUCGCAAAAAAGACAGUCAAAAACGUUAUAAUGAUGGAACUGGCACUCAUCAGGAACGACCAAAGGACCUUAUGUGUUCCUUCAUAGUCUAAAUAACUUCACUAUUAAUUUAUUAUGUAGGAAAAAUGUAAAAAAAACUACAGCAUUGAAUGAGAGUGUGUGUUAAGCAAGCGUCUGCCGAUACAUGUAAGAUAAAUGACGAAUGGAAAAGCAUGGUGUGUAAUUUUUUUUUUUUUUUUUUUUUUUUUUAGGAUAAAAAGACUUGCCCUACAGACAUGUCCCCUCUUUUCUGCUAACACUAUUGAUUACAUUUGAGCACAUAUUAACAUUUUCUCAACAUUUUCAAUGCAUUAAUGAGAAAAUAUUCAUACAUUAAAUUGUCACUCUAUAUGUAGUGUCAUGUUCUUAACGGAUCAUUUUAUAAUUUUAUAAUUUAUUUUGUUUUUUCUUUUCCCAUAAAUGAGCGUAACUUGACCUUUUGUACAAGCUGCUACUGUACAAUGCCAAAAUGCAAAAAUAAAGCAUUACAGUCUCUGA